AAAAAAAAAACUGGUAGUAAUGUAUUCUAGUGAUGUUUACUAAUUCUAUUAACUCAGUUUUUCGGAUAGAACGCUAAUACAAAUGCUUGAUGUAGUGAAAUGAAUGAACAGACCGAUUGGGUAAUGGAUCUGGCUGUGCAUGAGUGAGAUGGAGAGAGUCUCAUCCCAGAAGGAGAAAGGGAUUGGUCUUGAUUAUUUAUCAGAGUUUCAUCUUGCUAGUAGAAACUUCAUGUCUAGCCACAGUCCCAUGGACCAGGUUUUUCAAACGUUUGGGCAUCAUGUCCCCGUCAGUCAGGUCCAGUCGUCUCAGCCACCAACCUAUGGGCACGCUGCUGGGCCUCAGUAUUCUGUCGCCCAUUCCUACAGUAUGAGCAUGCCAGACAGGUAUCAUCCGAUGGUGUAUUCACAGCCCUAUUUGAACGAGGAAUGCUAUGGGUCACAUAUUACUCAGCCAGGGACACUCCUCACGCAGCCAGUCGCCCACCAGAAGAACCAGAACUAUGCAGGUGCUCUGCCAAGCUCGACUCCUCCAGGUCCUCCUGCUAUGCACAGCCCACAGCUUUCUCCCAUGAUGAGGGCUCAGCGCCAGAGCCCACAGCAAUCUUCAGCUUCAGUGAUGCUUCAGUCAUUAGUAUCCACUGCACCAAGAGCAGCUCAGACUGUAAACUCUUCUCAAGCAACUGCUUAUACUGCACAACUUCAUGGCCCUCAGCAACAUUAUAAUUCAACAGUAAUGAAUCCCACCUAUUACCCAACUAGUCAAUGUUCUCAACGAAACGACCCACCCGUUGGCAAUAUGCAUAUGGCAAAUAUUAACAGUCAUUCCUUCCAUCAAUUAGGUCAGUUUAGCUCGCAGUCAUCGAUGUCAUCUUCUUCUCAGGCCUUAAGAAAUGCUCACAGCAGUGUCAGCAGGCCGACUAAGGAAGAAGUGAAAAGCUCUCAUUUGAAGAACAAGCAGCCAGGCUUACCCCGUCUUGGCCCAAAAGAGUCUAAUCCUAGUAGCUAUGUUCCACCCAUGUCCCAUUCUCUUCAGCCUAGGUCCUCUGCUGCUUCAGGAAGCAAUAUGCAGGGUAUGUUUCACCCAAACUUAUCACUGCCUCCGACAAUGAGGGCCUCUACUGCCAAUGGAACCAGCUCAGCUUACAGGAAGCCUAAUCCCUCAGCAGUCCACCCUCACGCAGUCUCAAGUUCACAAAAAACAUCUUAUGAGACUGACACCCUAAGAGGAGUAUAUUCAGGCGUGACCCACGCAGGAAAUAAAUCAAAACAAGCAGCUUAUGCACCCAAUAUAAAUUCUUCGUCCUCGGCUGGUAUGGGUCAUAGGUCAAGUGGCAUGCCUGCUUCAAGUACCAAUCCAUAUUCUGUCUUCUCUAUUUUCUCAUUGAAUGGCCAACCUACAAGAGAAGGGGGUAGGACAAUGGGAGAGACAGUUGUGUCAAGAGGAACUUCAGUGGCAGCAAGAGGAAGGGGAAUAUCAACAGCAGCUAGGGAGAAAGCCAGAGUGCGACCACCUGAUGCAGCUCAUUUAGCUCUAAACGAAGAUGCAAAUCCUAUUAACUGGUAUAAGAGCCCAGAUUCCAUUUUAGCAUCUUCUUACUCCUCAGACAUUGAGGCCAUGCAGGCUGACAUUAUAUUGAAUUCUAACAGGCCUAUUAAAGCUGUUAGACCACAAGCAUCAAAUGGAACAGGGCCAGCAAUAUCUUCAGGCCAAAGACAAUCAACUGCUGUGGCAUCAGGUGCCGUUCUCCAAGCACCUAGCCAGUCUAGAUCGUCCUCUGAGCAUAGUGCCUGUUUGCAGCAAUCUUCUAUCAGUGCUUCCAAAGCUGCAGCAUUGGCUGCAAUCAAAAUUAAACAGGAGCAGGCAGAGAAUUUAUGCAAGAAUAAAUCAUUUCAUUCUGGAAUCGAAGAUAGUGAAUGUUUAGCUUCUUCGAGAACUCUGGCAAAGCCUGCUGCAGCCAAUACCUCAAGCACAAACUUUUUAAUUAGUCCGCCUUCCACAGUAACACAGCAUUCACAAUCUCUUGCCAGUAGCUCAUAUAAUAAACCCUGCAAUGAUAACCCUAGUGCAAUAAAAAAUAGUAUAGCUAAACCCAAUAGUCAAUCAGUAGACUCCCCAUCUAGUAAUCUUCAUGCCAAAAGUGACACAUAUUCAACUAUCCUCGAUUUAUUGAACCAUGAAGAAAAGCGAAUCACUAUAGGAAUCAAUGACAGGAAAGGUAAUUCUCUUGAGCAUUUCCUGGAACACCCUAACACCUACAUAACUCCAGCACACAAGGCUUUUCCUGCAAGCCGUGCAUAUGAAGAACCAAAAACUGCUGAGAACGUGACAGACAAAAAAAAUUUAACAGCUCGCAAAAAAGUAUUUGAUAUGUGGAAAGCAGGUCAAGUAGUUGGACGAGCUCCAGGUAAAGCUAGAGGGCAGAGUAGAGAAGCUCCUGUAGCUUUAGGAGAUCACAUGGCUGCAAUAAAAGCUGAUCUCAAGUCAUCCAGUUAUAUUCAACCUUUGCUAGAAAGUGAAAAUAGGGUUACAGCCAAGAACAGAGAAAUGGAGCCCACCAAUGUGCCAUCUGGUUGUGCAACAGUAAGACCUGAACUGAAAGCAACCCAGGCAGUCAAGACCAGAGAACAUGUUCUUGAUCUUUGUUUUGUCAAGUUACAUGGACAUAAGUUGAUUUGUUUGAAAUCACAGAGUGAAUUCACUGUCUUGUUGUGCCAGUUCCAGUCCGAGUGUUUUGCUGAUAAAGGAAUGGGCAGUGUCAAUAAUUGUAUUGACAGGGCUUUAAGAAUUAAAAAAAAGGUCCUGGAGCACCCUAAGAGGGACAUGAUAUUUCAUUUUCUCCAGAAGAAUGGUUACACUGUAAGUACGGUGCAGACUAUAAACCUGGAUGAUGCGCGUCGAGUUUAUCAUUACAUGUACAAACUUACAUCUUGUUCCGGUUCUUGUGUCACACAACUAUCUCAUCAAACUGUUGACCUCGACUCAUUAGUUAUGCCAAAGAAAUCGUCAAUGUCAAGAGAGACUGCUUUGAAAAUCAAGAAAGAAAAGCACACCGCAGAAGAUACUAGUUAUGGCAUCCACCAGCACAAUAGUCAUCUUCCAGCCAAGAAGGCCAAUGCAGUUUUAAACACACCAGAGGAGUUAGGCAAAAAUGAUAAAUUAAAAACUUUGACUCCUAAUCUUGAUGCUGCUCAUGCAGAUAUGAACAAAGAAACAGAUGAUGACCUAAUUUUUGUUGAGGCCAUCGAGAACCCCAACAUCAUCACCUGUGCACCAGAGCAUCCCAAAGUAGGAGGCGUUUGUAACACGAUUGUGGGUCAAGUUAGAUUCUAUCAGCAUGAGAAAGAGAAUUUUCUCGUCGUCGAAGACCUCUGUAAUAUUUUCAGUGCUUCAGACUUCUAUGAUAGUGUUGAGAAAGAAAAUAUUGUUCUCUACUCAUGUUCGGAGGAUAUUGCCACUUUUUUAAACAGCAUAACCGGAACGUUCCCACGGCUACGCACAGCAAAAGAAAGCCUGAUCAAGGAAAAGGAUGUGGGAGCACACAUAACAGAUGACAGUAGUUAUACAGGCUUUAGCGGAGAGAAUAGUACAUCUUUGAAAAGACCCAUUUGCAAGCAAGAAAAGCUAGAUGAUUAUGAAAUUUCUCCCAAAAAACUGAAGAUGGAUGAGAUCUCAGAUAAUGAGACUAAUGAAGAUGACCUCAGCUUGUUUGAGGUAGGUCAGCAAGAGAAGCUAGUUGGUGAAAAAGAAACUUUGGCCGCUCAAACAGAAACACGGAAGGAGUUAGAUGCUACUUCAUGUAUUGAUAGUUUAACAAAUCUGAAUUCAUCAGAGUCCAUUUCUAAUUCUCUAGGAGCUCAAGAGGGCGUGACUUCAGUUGUAAAUGAUGGGGCAGGAAGCACAAUAGCACCUAUAGAAAAUGAAGUGUUGUUACCGUUGAGUGAUGUAACAAAUAACCAUGGACCUAUCAAUACCUCUGAAACCAUUGAGACUAAUGUUUCUGAAUCUUCAAUAGGCACUGUAUCUAAGGAUCAGCUUAGCACCACCACUGAAAGUCCCCUCUGUAAUCAUGAGGCCAGUCCAAUGAAAUCCUCUUGCUCUAAGUGUACACAUUUGAAAUUACAAGGCUUCAAACUCAGAAAUAUGUUAAUGAAAACAAAGUUAAGUGUGACACAAAGUAAUAUUGAGAAAGCAGACAGUGCUCUUGUAUCCCCAGACACCAGCAAAGAUAUUCAAAGCUCUUUGGAAAAAAGCUUGGCAGAUGGUGCAUCAAAUGAAGGAUCAGCCGCAGCUGAGCAGGAGAAUAACUUAGAGGCAGCGAUGGAGGAUUGUCACGUGGAUACUGGUCAGCCAACUACUGAAUUUCAACCUGUGGUGGCUACCUCUGUGGAUGUAAGUAGAGAGGCAGUGGUCCACACAUCUGAGCCCACUCAAAGUCAAGACUCUCCAAAACUAGAAACUACACCUGAAAGCGCUGAAAGUACAACGGUUACUAUUUCAAUAGAAGGGAAAAGUGAUUGUGUAGAUCAAGUCUCUGAAAUAAGUUCUGAGGGGAGCAGCAGUGAAGCAGCAGAUGUGAGCAGCUCUAGUGAAAAUGUCUCAGCCCAGCCAUCGUCUUCAAGCACUUGUGAUUCAUCUCUCUCCAUCAAAAAGCCACACUCCAUGUCAUCAUCAUCAUCAUUGACGUCUUCUAAUAAUUUUCAAACAUCUAAAUACUCAUUUGAUGAUUUGAGCAUUAUUGCUGACAAUACUGCAGACUCCUUAGUGGCGCAUCCGAGCAAUAAGUUUAACAGCAUUAAAUUUCUUCUGGAAGGAUAUGAAAAGUUGCGUUUCCAGAAUACCUCUCUAAUACAAAUUGUUCACCUUUUACGCAAGGAGUUGGCCGCUUGCAAGGAGAAAUCAGAAAAGGAGUUGGCCGCUUGUAAAGAGAAAUCAGAAAAGGAGUUGGCAGCUUGUAAAGAGAAAUUUGAAAAGGAGUUGGCAGUUAAACAAGAAAUGUUACAGAAAUCGAUGAGGGAAAGAGAUAACCUGCAAAGUACCAUCGAAGCCAUUAAUGCGUCUUUUAAAAAUGGAAAUGAAGAAACUCCUAUUACAAUAGACGAUGAUUAAUCAGUUUCGCAUCCCACCUACCUUUGAGAUUCUCUUGAAUGCUGUUUGUGGUCAAUGACAAAUGGCUUUUUUUGGUUUGUCUUAGCAGACUUGAAUGCAAGACUUUCUAAUCCCCGCACAACACCCGACCCAAAGAAAGCAUUCAAACAACGAAAGUGACCUACUUAUUCUAUUGAAUUAACUCAAUUUACACCCAUUUUUUUUUCAAUAAAAUUAUGUCACAAAGAAAAAUAAUUUUCGGAUAGACUGUGACUGUCACGCAGACAACUUGUAUUAUUGACUAACUGGCAAUGUCCUACACACUAAACAUUAUGUUUCUAUGCUUUGUUGUUAAUGUAAUUAAUAACCUUAAUUUGUGUGGAAAUUGAGAUCUAAUACUUCACAUGAGUAUAAUAAAUUGUUGUUUUUUUUUAUAUAAAUAUAAUUUUUUAAAUAUUUUAAAUGAUAUUUGUUUAAAUAAAAAUAAUAAACACAAAGUUACUCUUGAAAAAUAAUAGAACCUUGUUGCUGGAUGUUUCUUGUCAAUAAUAAUCUCAUUUUUUUAAAUUUUUUGUUGUUGUUCUAUAAACUAUACUGUGACUGGUUGUUAGUUUUUCAUUUAUGUUAAAAUCUAUUUAUCAGCUUUGUUUUUCUUAACCCUAUAAAUUUCUUCUAAACCAAGUCACUGAUAUACAGCAUGUUUUACUGUGUCCUCUAUACAGUAUGUUUUACUGUGUCCUCUAUACAGUAUGUUUUACUGUGUCCUCUAUACAGUAUGUUUUACUGUGUCCUCUGUACUCAUUUAGAUCAACUUCAAUUAACAGCUACCAUUUUAUGUAGGUCAGAGCUAGAUUGUCUGUUAGUUUUAUACGUUUAAAUCGUACCUUUUGAAAUGGAGGUUAUCACAUCCUGGCCCAAACCUCUUGCGAGAUGGUAGGGGAUUGAAGCAGGCUGGGUUUAAACUGGGGAAUAUUGUGAUGACAUUUCAAAGUGCAUAGCACAGGACAGGCAGUCAACUUGAAUAAUAAACUUGUAAAAGAAAAAAAAAAGGUUCCCAAUUCAGACCUUCGAUCUAUAGGGCAGAUGAUGAUGAUAAGAUCAUCUGUUUAACCAAAAGUUAACAAGCAGAAUGUCAUGUGGCCAUCACAAUGAUGAACUGCCUUUAUUUUUCUCAACUAAAUUCAGGAAUCCAUUAGAGUUGGGUGGACUCAAAGGCGCCCUAAAAAUCCCAUUCUUCACUUAGAUUUGAACCCAGGACCCCAGGCUCAGAAUUCAAGCGCUAAACCACUCAGCCAGUGCGCUCCUUCAUAAGCUUGUACUUCUAUACUAUUGAGCUAGACAUUGCCAGGCUUUACUUCAGUUUAUGUUUUCUCCAGCUAAGAUUACACAGAGUGGUAGAUGAGCAACAUUGUUGCACAAGUCUCACAGAAAAGCAGUUGACUCAGCUAUUUCAUUUAGGUUCAGUAUACAUUAUUGAUAUUUUGUUAAUAUGUUCAGGUUUGUGAUUCACUUCACCUUGUAGGAGUUCUCUCCUGGAGUGUUCAUUCAUUUUUUCAACACACAUUGGAUCUCCUAAAGUUCUUACCAAAAAUACCAUCAGUAUUUUAGGCAUUUUUUUUUUAUUAUUGGUGCUGUUUUUGUUUUUUGUUAUUAAAUUAUUUUUUUUUACAGAUAUAAAACAAACUUUUGAGAAUUAGAAUUCUAUUCACUAAUAAAUUUUCAUCAGAAAUUUGAAAUUUUCUUAAUUCAAUCAAGAUUAUUUUUUUUUGUGUUCAAAUAACUCCAAUGACAAUUUUUGUACAAAACACUUUCUUUUUUGGGAUAAUAAUUAGAAAUCUGCACACAAUUUUCAAAGUUUGGUUCUGUCAAUAUUUUUAACUGAAAAUGUAUUAUUUAAUUUUACGUUUAUUUACUCAGUGUUUUGUGAGAUUUUGAUGCCAAGACAAAAGUUUGGGGCCUAAUUCCUGACAUUAUAGCUCCAUCCAUCCCAGUGGCGCUACAGCCCAUGGAGGGCUCUGGCCUGCUUUAACACAUCCUUCCAUUCAGAUCUCUCCUGGGCCUUUCGUCUCCACGCCCUAACCCCAAGCUGCUUCAGAUCUGCUUCCACAUCAUCUAUCCAUCGCAUUCGGGGUCUGCCUUUGGGUCGCCUGCCUUUUGGUUAUAGCUCCACGUUACAUUUAUGUUAUAAACUUAGAGAAAGAUACAGAAUGACCAUGAGGAUUGACAGCUUCCCGUUAGAGUAGUUAUAUACUGGCCACUCAAUGAGAACCAGUUUUGAGUGACUGCAUUUCCGUUUUUUAGACGUUGACAAAAACAAAAGAAGUAAAAAAAAUCCCAUGUUGUGACAUCGUGAAGACAGGAGAAUGGGCAGUUAAGGAUUGUUGUACCUGGCCAUACCCUGCAAUAUAUUCUGUUGUGACGAAAUGUAGAUUUUAUAUGCUGCUUUAUUCGUGUCCAUUUAAAUAUAUAUGCUUCCAUUAUUUUCUGAGGCAAACUGCUUCCAAAAACAAAAUGUUUUAUUUUGUUCUCUUUUUUUUGUACUUCUGUAUAAAGUUUUUUCUAGAAAGUAUGUACUCGAAAGAUGUAAUGGACCAUUACAUUGUGCUUACGGUAUGUUAUAUUUGUGAAAUGUAAUAGUUACAUUAUGUGUGUCUGCCGAUGUAAUGAAAUACUACAGUAUUAAGGCCUCAGGUGAUUCAUUCCUCUCACCCCCCCCUCCCUGCCCAGCAACCCUCCUCAUUGUGUUUUGUAUUUAAUAAACCUAUUUAUCGUUGAGUGUACAUAAUGUAACAUAUUGCUUGAACAGACAAAAUUUCUGGUGUUAUGGGGAAAA